AUGGCAACUCACAAGGACGCACUGAUGGCUUACACUGGACUUAUAGCCCCUAUACAAAGGAAGAAUGAGAAGUCCGAAGACUAUGUCCAUCACAAGCUCACCAUGGAGGCAUACAACAGGACUUACCAGUUUCACAUUAACAGCAUACCAAGCCAAGAGUAUUGGGAGCACCAUGAAGGGUUGCCUUGUCUGCCUCCUCCAUACAAGAGGCCUAUUGGCAGACCUUCCAAGAAAAGGAAGAAGGACAGCAGCGAGCAAGACUCUGGGAGCCAAUACCAUGCCAAGAAAAGAUAUGGCCAGAUAACAUGUCAAACCUGCAAGAGAGUUGGACAUAAUAGUAGGACUUGCCCUGAGAGAUCAAAUGGAGCAGCAGCUCAAGAAGAAGGAAUUGAUGAGGAUGAAGCUAGAGAGCAAGAAGCUAACUGGGAGGAGACCAUGGAGGCUGCACAUGCUGCACAUGUUGCAGAUGAGGAAAACCUCACUCAAAACCACCCACAGAGUCAACCUGAUGAGAACACUGAGGUUAAUUUGUCUACCACAACAACUGCUGCACCCCUUAAUGCAGCCACUACACCAGCAAUCAGCUCAGGACCAGCACCUCCAGUGGCAGCAAGGCCAGUAGAGCCAGCACCACCAAUACCACCAACAAGAGGCAAGGGCAGGACCAUUCGAAGAGGAAGACCCCCAACCUCAACAGCACCUCAAACUAGGGUUGCCAGCCAUGAUGCUGGGUCUAAUUGUCAGAUCCCAGCCACACCAACCAAUGCUGCAGGACCAAGUACUGGGCCUGGGUCAAUGUCACAAGGUCCUUUGGGUAGGCCCACUCUGCAAGCCCAAAAUUCAGCAUCCUCUAGGCCACCAACUGUGACUAGGAAAACCAUGGCAGCAACAAGCUUAGCCACACAGAGCAGGUUCACAGGUUUCAUGCCCACCCUAUCCUUGAAGAAGAAAAAGCCUUCAGCAAGCAUCAAGAAGUGA